GAGGAGCGAGCAAGCGAGCACAGUGUGGAUAAGGCCGCGAUCAUCAUCUUCUUCUUCGAAUGCACCCCAAUUUGUGUCUCGAUCGGUGUUUUUAGGCCCCUGCAGUAUCGAUCUGCGUGGAUGCUUCUUACAUGAACGCUACCAGUUCGCGAAUAAAGGAACCUUUGAUCUCCUAGUGUUGAAACACUGGAAGGGAAUUUCGGAUAGAAAGGAAUGAAGGCGAUGGUGUUGUCACUUCAAUUUUGAUCUUACAAUCGCCUGUGCAAAUUCCCUGUGGACUUCCAGCUUGGAAAAGGUAAGCGAGGGGCGCGAGAGUAGCGAAGUUCAACCAUACCAUGGCGGCCCUUGCUAUUGCUAGUGUCCCCACGAAAUGUUUCGUCCCUGCACGAGAGACUGCGCCUCGGCCAUGCCAUCUGGAAGUCCACCAAAGAUUUCAGCUACCUGCCGCUCGGUUAAUCUUCCAGCGUUGUUGUACACUAAAUGCACCUCGAUUUUCCGAAAAGAGCUUUCGUAAACAUUUUAAUUACGUCACAGCUGCUGGCAGUGGCCAAAAUCUAUCGACAACGAAUUUGAGUAAGGACGCACAGGGAGAAGAACCAGUGGCUGAAGAACCAAGUCCAGAUUUUGACCUAUUAUUGAAGGAAAAGGCAGAUGAACUGCGAGAUGAACUGCAGGGAACCUGCAUAUUUCUUAUCGGUAUGAUGGACAAUGGAAAAGCUUCCGUAGGGAAGAUGUUAGCGAAAGAGCUCGGCUACUACUUUUUUGACAGCAACGACCUAGUACAACAGGCGGCAGAUGGAGAAGAAAUAUCUGAAAACGAGGAGGGCUAUAGAGAGGCCGAGACUGAAGUGCUCAAACAACUGUCUUCGAUGGGUCGCUUGGUCGUUGCCACAGGGGCUGGUACUGUACUAAAUACAGAAAACUGGGGUUAUCUAAGGCAUGGUAUAGUUGUGUGGAUUGAUAUCCCGGUGGAGACUGUAGCCAAGGAUGCCAAGACUCGACAACUUCUAGUUCCAAACAGUUCAGAUGAUGAGGCUUUGUCUAAAUUAACUAAGAUGUACGAGGAGAGGAAAGAAGUAUACAUGAACGCAGAUGCCACGGUGUCAAUUCAAGUCUUACCUGCUCAGUUAGGAAUCGAAGACUCUUCCUUGGUAACCCCAGCCAUGACUGCGCUACAGGUGCUGAAUGCAAUUAGACUAUUGGUCAAGGAAAAGCAAGCUAAAAAUCUGCGCUUCUAAUCAAGCACGCACUUUGUUGUCACCCAUUUCAAGCAAUGUGAAGAAUCUUUUCCAGAGAAAUGACAAUGCACGAACCCGUGAUUGAAGGAAAGAAUGAACACGUCAUGCAUUUAGCAAAUCACAACAACCAAUCUACCAUCACACCGCAGUAGAAGCUGUAAAACGUUAUAGUUUUGCCUUGCUUCGUUCGAACCAGCACCAAUUUUCCAUGUAGGAUAGUCUUUAGAGAUGUACAUACAGCACCACCGUUGACUAUUGCUAUUUUUUACAAGUGCUAUUCGACUGUGAAUUCGCAAGAGAGAACCAAACAGAGAUUUCAUUCACGGC